GGCUUGUUUUACAGGAAGGUAGGCGGGACUUCCUGUACAGUAGUGCAAGUAAUCCAACAUGGCGCUUACGUUGCUCGCCUGAGAGUGCAGUGGGAAGCGCUUUAAGUUCAGCUCGAUUUCAGUAGUAGAGUUCAUUAAAGCGGAUCAGGCUUUUAGAAAUGAAGGGGAAAGAGCAAUCGCCGAUGAAGAAGCGCUCCCGGGCGCUGGAUGAUAGCAGAGACCGAGGAGGAAGCCACCUGAGCAGCAAGAAGAGCGGAGCCCUGUCGGCGGUUAGCGGCAACACGGGUAACGGCUCUGCUUACAGCGGCUCUUCAUCCAGGAGGAGCUUACACAACGACAAAAGAGACCUGAGGGAUUCGGACGGACACAGCACAUCCAGUCGGACUAGCAGCGGCUACGACUACGGAGUUGUUUCCGGGAACAAGCCGCACGGUGGCGCUGACCUCGCCGCGGAAUCCUCCAGGCCGGGUUCACGCAGCGACCUAAGGCCUCCGUCAAACCCAGGAAGUGAGUACAAGACUUUGAAAAUCAGCGAGCUGGGCUCCCAGCUCAACGACGAGGAAAUAGAGGACGGCCUGUUCCACGAGUUCAGGAAGUUUGGGGACGUGAGCGUUAAAAUGACCCGAGAAAACGACGAGAGGGUCGCGUUUGUGAACUUCAGGCGACCCGAUGACGCCCGGGCUGCCAAACACGCCCGCGGGAAGCUGGUGCUGUACGAUCGGCCGCUGAAAAUAGAGACAGUCUACAUGAGCAGACGGAGGAGCCGCUCCCCUGUUGCUAAAGACGGCUUCCCCGCGGGACACAGACCCCUACACGCUCAGAAAGCUCUGUCUCCCUCAGGCAUGGGGUUCAGAGACUACCGGCUACAGCAGCUGGCUCUGGGCCGUCUGCCCCCUCCCCCUCUGCCGCCUCCUCACCUCAGAGACGUGGACAGAGACAGAGAUUUUCCCGUGUAUGAAGGCAGAAACAGACCGCCUUACAUUCCCGAGUGUUUCCGCGAUGAGGACAUGUUGAGCCCCGAGGACGACCAGAGGGCAAACAGGACUUUGUUUUUGGGCAAUUUGGACGUGACUGUGACGGAGAGUGACCUGAGAAGGGCGUUUGACAGGUUUGGAGUGAUUACAGAGGUGGACAUUAAGCGCACAGUGAGAGGCCAGAGCAACACCUAUGGAUUCAUCAAGUUUGAGAACCUUGACAUGGCUCAUCGGGCCAAAGUGGCCAUGGCUGGGAAAAUCCUGGGCCACAGCCCGAUUAAAAUAGGAUAUGGGAAACCUACGCCCUCGACCAGGCUGUGGGUGGGGGGGCUCGGGCCUUGGGUUCCACUUGCUGCACUUGCCAAAGAGUUUGACCGCUUCGGGACCAUCAGGACUAUAGACUACAGGAAAGGUGAUGCGUGGGCUUAUAUCCAGUAUGAGAGCCUGGAUGCUGCUCAGGCUGGGUAUACUCACAUGCGUGGCUUCCCUCUCGGUGGCCCCGACAGGAGACUCAGAGUGGACUUUGCAGAAGCAGAGACUCGCUACCAGCAGCAGUAUACGCAGCUUCCUCUCCCCCUGCCACACUAUGAAUUAGCCACCGAGCCAUAUUCACACCGCCUUUCUGAUCCAGUGAGAGCGAGAGAGCGGUCCCCUCCACUUCCUGCUCGCUUCAGAGACCGGGAUCUCUACCCUGCUGAAUAUUCUGGCCUCGGUGCACAUGAGAGGAUGCGAGGUUUUGACCCGGCAGACCGUCUGGACAGGCGCUGGUCACUAGAACGGGAGCGGGAGUUGCAAAGCAGAGAUUUGGCCCGCACAAAGAGACCUUUAGAUGAGGGUUGGCGGCUGGAGCACUCUCCUGACGGCAGUAACUUUGGUCUGCGGCGUCAUGGCAGCUCUCUGGACCGCAGCCCGGGAGGGAGCAGCCGAGAUGGGGGGCGCUACAGUGACCCCGAACGCUUGCCUCGCUCUGGCAGAACCUCCCCAGUCAAAGACAGGAAGAACAGCCUGGACGCUGGGUUUGUGGACAAAAAAAGGAGAACACGCAGCCCAUCAGAGCCACGCUCCGGCUCCGAAAAGGGGCGCAAACACAAAGUCAGUGACUCCUCCAAGAGCCCAGCGAAGAAGGAGGACCGCUCAGAACAUCUUUCCUCCUCUACAAACUCCUCCAAACCCGGUCAGCAGCCUGACCCAGAUGCUGAAAAACAGAAGCUGAGUCAGGUCUGGCAGGGCGUCCUCCUGCUGAAGAAUAGCAGCUUCCCCACCUCACUGCACCUGCUGGAAGGGGACAUGAAGGUGGCUGCCAGUCUGCUUGUGGGCGGCUCUAAAGGGGGCCAAGUUUCCCAACUGAAGAUCAGCCAGCGCCUGCGCCUGGACCAGCCGAAGUUGGACGAGGUCUCCCGUCGCAUCAAGGCCGCCGGCUCCAGCGGACACGCCAUCCUCCUCGCUUUGCCUUGGACAUCCGACGACAGCGGUGCCCAGGACGCCGUCAACUCCACCGAGAGACCCCUGAAGAACCUGGUGUCCUACCUGAAGCAGAAAGAGGCGGCAGGUAUCAUCAGCCUCCCCGCUGGGGGCGGCCGUGACAAGGACCACGGAGGAGUACUACACGCUUUUCCCCCAUGUGAGUUUUCCCAGCAGUUCUUGGAUGCCUCUGCCAAAGCCUUUGCCAAAUCAGAGGAUGACUACUUGGUAAUGGUUAUUAUCAGAGGAGCAUCAUUGAAAACCCCCCCCCCCCAAAAAAACCCCAACAACAACAUGUUUCAUGUCAGACUCAAAACUGUUAAACUGUGAGAUGUAAACACAGGGAGAAGAAGUGGUAUUAAAGCAGUGCAGGAGACAAACAGCAGGAUGCAGAUUUUAAGCUCUCUUACCUGCUUCUAUUUCAUCCUGGUGAAAGUUUAUAAAAUUAAAGUCAAACUGAAUUAUGUACAUUUUUAUAAGUUGAUGAAUUUGAUUGUUAAAUCAGGUGAAUUUUCCCUUCUACUAUUUAGAUAUUUAGAUUAAAUGCACAUUACCUGAAGGGUACUAUCCUAAGGUGAGUCCAGAGUGAACUACAGGUCUGUGAAUCAGUACUGUGUGUGUUGCCUUAUCGUUUAAAAAGAACAGGUCCUUUAUGUGCUUUUCACACAACUCCUGCCUACAACAAUGAGCUGAAGAUCCAGAAGAGAGCAUUUAGCCUCAUUUUUGGUAUUUGAAAUCAAACUUAUGUACACUGUUUUCUUUUUUUUCUUUUCUUCUCCUGAUUAAGGAAGUCCAUUUGCUUUAAAGCAUUAUCCGUUGGCCAGUAAUUGACCUACACCAGAUGUUCGUAUGUGUUUGGUUUUCUUUUUCUUUUUUUUCUUGUUUUUGUGACCAAGUAAAACAUUUUUUUGAAGACUUCCAAAUUCCAACUUUCAGUAAAUGAUCUUUAAGAUGUCAAAUUAUAGCAGAAAGAGCAGUUAAACAGACCAAAUCACUCCAUCACUCCUUCUGGAUAUUCAUGUGUAAAGUUAAGGUACACGAGAGCAUCAGGAGUUUCAAGUAUAAUUUACAUUACCAGUGCUUUUGUGUGUGUAUGUGUAUUUGCGUGUGUGUGUGUGUGUGUGUGUGUGUGUGUGUGUGUGUGUGUGUGUGUGUGUGUUGUGUGUGUGUGUGUGUGUGUGUGCGCGCGCCAUGUUUCUGAGUCAUGUUACUUUAUGACUAAGUGGAGGUUUGUCAUCGGUGCUUUCACAAUUUUCACCAAGCACUUGUACCAGCAGCAGCCGUUUGUGAGGGGAUGGACACAAGCAGCAAGCUCUGCGAGCUUUCAUUUCUCAAAGGCGUAUCAGGAUCCAACUACUGAUUGAUCUUUAAAUUAUUAUUAUUAUCCAUCUGAAAUUGUGAAAAAUGCUCCCUGAUUGACCAAAAGUCCAAAACCCGAGGACUAGAUUUUUUUCGUGUGUGUUUGAAAUUUUUUGCUUAUCGUUAUCUUUUAAUAUUUUAGUAACGAGCUAAAUCAACUCCCCCGCAGUCUCAAUGCAAAUUUUACAAGGCUAGUGUGUGUUGUCGGGCUCUUAUUUUGAAGUAUGGGGUUGCUUUUUGUGUCCUUCCCUUCUCCGUUGUGUGGUUUGUUUGUUUUUUUUUUAUCCACAGUUUGGUUGAGCAUUUAUUGUUUGAUCAGAUACCUCACUCAGUUUGUCAUGUUUUAACUCACUGAUUACAAUUACUACCCUAAGAAAGCAUAUUGUUUUUGUUUUGUUUU